UUAGGCCAGACCGCAGGGUUUUAAGCUCAGUUCCGGUCUCCGAGCUCCGAUAGCUCGCAGAAGCUAAGGAGAGGAAGCGCUGUGGGAGUACAGAAUGGAGAAAUCGGUCCUGAAGCUCGAUAAGGGAACAACCUGCACUGCGUGGAACUACUGUGGUCAGAGAUUGGCUGCCGGCUCCGUCGACGGAACGCUCUCCGUCUUUGAUUCCCCGGACCCUGCUUCCUCUUCCUUCAGCCGCAGCUCCAGUGUUAAGGUACGCGAGGUCGGUAUCUCGAAGGUAGUUUGGGUACCUCCCGAGUAUGGGGAUGCAGUGGCUUGCAUCUUUGAGGAUGGAAAUUUUUCUAUCUGGGAAGAAGUUGCCGAAGAUUCUCUAUCAGUUCAGUGGAAGCUGUGUGAGUUCUUCAAAAGCAGUUCCUCUAAAGUGUUGGAUAUCCAAUUUGGAGUUUCUCCUACAAGCUUGAAAAUGGUUGCCGGGUAUUCGGAUGGGUCUCUAAAGGUCUUUGAGCUAACAAAUCCCUUGGAGCUGAAGAAUUGGCAGCUGCAGGCUGAAUUCCAGAAUGUUAUUGAUUCUGUUUCCACAUUUGGUAAAGCCUCGUGCUUGUCUGCUUCAAUUUCUUGGAAUCCAGUGAGAGGUGAAGGUCAAGAGUCAAGUUUCGUUAUGGGUUUCAAUUCAGAUACACCUCAACUUAAUUCCUCCAAGGUGUGGGAAUUUGAUGAAGCUCAUCAAAGAUGGCUUCCAGUAGCAGAGUUGGCUUUGACUGAGGACAGGGGUGAUCGGGUAUAUUCCGUUGCAUGGGCCCCUAAUAUUGGGAGGCCAUGGGAGUUAAUAGCUGUGGCAACUGAGAAGGGAAUCACAAUAUGGCAUCUUAACUUAAGCCCUGAUGCGGAUGGAAGACUUCCUGUGGAAAGGGUUGCGUUGCAUUCUGGACAGGAAGGAGAGGUUUGGCAAAUGGAAUGGGACAUGAGUGGGAUGACAUUGGCAACUACCGGAUCUGAUGGGGCUGUGAAGUUGUGGCAAUCCAACUUGAACGGUGUUUGGCAAGGACAAGCCACAUUUCUGCCAACUUGUUAGCUGGUUAAGCAUUUAGUCAUCUUUUUGUGUGCUCCAGAGUUUCAUUGUGUACUCAUCUCCCACACAGAAAUGAAAAGAGUUUGAUAUUUGUAGACAAACCUUCCGAAACCUUGGAGAAGUUAAUUUAUCUCCUCUAGAUGAUAAGACAUAUGGCCGUGAUAUUUCCUUCCAGUUAAGGGUA